AUGGAGGGCGCUGCUGCUGUGGGCAUGGGGGGCCCCUUCCCCCACCUUUCGGGUGCUGCUGAGGCCCCUGCUUUGUUCUACAGGCAGCGCAGCACGGAGGCUGCUGCUGCUGCUGCUGCUGCUGCUGACUCGCCGCGGCACCUGCAGCAGCAGGACAGCGAGGGCCGCAGGGCGUCGCCCCCGCCGCAGCAGCACCUGCAGCAGCAGCAGCAGCAGCAGCAGCAGCAGCAGCAGCGCGCUCCGCCCCCGCAGCACGGCCGCGAAGAAGCCGGCGCCUCGGCCCCCCCCUCCCAGAUGAACAUAAACCACCGGCCGCAGCAGCAGCAGCAGCAGCCAGAGCUGCAGCAGCAGCAGCAGCAGCAGCAGCAGCAGCAGCAGCAGCAGCAGCAAGGGGCCCGCAGGGGGCCCCCCAGCGAGGAGGAGCGGCUGCGAGUGCGGGAGAAGUACCGGCAGCGGCUGAUGGAAAGAAAGUUGGAAAUUUAUCAAAGAGCUCUUGAAGAAGUUAUUGAAAGGGAGAAGCAAAAUGCGCAAACCAAACUCCUCUUCAAGCUCCACCUCCCCACCAGGAGUGUCUGCAGAAUGUUUUAA